UACUGCGUUCCAAGGUAACUUCCUCCUCCUCCAAUCCUGGCUUUUUGCCUUCGAAAACGCCGCCGCCGGGGUGCGAGUUGUGAAGCCCAGACAGCGUAACAAAAAUGCGUCUUCGAUUUUACUCUCUCCUAAAAAUGAGUACGGAGUGAGUUUGUCACUUUAACAAUUAUUAUAUUUGGCUUCUUUUUUCUCUCUGCCGAGCGAAAGACGGGCGUCAAUGUUGGCGUCAUGUAGCCUCUGCUUUUCAGACUUUGGAAAACAAAUCGGGUAUUGUCGGUGAAUUCUCGGGAGAUGGCAGAAUAGUUCGACCUGCGCCGGUUACCUAGCCCUCACAGCACUUUGAAGAAAAAAAAAUACCCCGCGAGGUCUACAAUGACGAGUGUGGACAUGUUUCUGUUAGUUGUGAUCACACUGGUCCUCCCCUGUUCAAGCUUAGAAGGUGAGGGCAGUGUGAGAAAUGAAUGUUUAUGUGACGGAUCAUCCUGCAGCAGUGGGGACCGAUGCUUUGGCCAGGAGUGCUUCAGCUCUCUCGCGGUGAUAAACGGGACAUCGGUCAUUCAUAAAGGCUGCAUUUUGGGGGACGAAGACCGAUCCUUGAGCUGCAGAUCCACACCAACUCCUCAGCUGGUGGUGAAGUGCUGCUAUGGGCAUUUGUGUAAUAUGAACAUCUCCCUUAACUUCCCACUAAAAGAUGUACAACUGUCUGCUGGCAGACCAGUCCUCAGAGACCAAGAGUGUGUAUGCGAGGGCGGUGUGUGUGAACAUGGCCAUCGCUGCACAGGCCAGCACUGUUUCUCCGCUCUGAAGAUGAUUGAUGGGGCAGCCGUCCAACAGAAGGGCUGCCUGAGGGACGACGAGGAGGGCAAAGCCACCUGUGCCAUGCCACCCUCAUCGGCCCAUGUUGUCAAGUGCUGCCAGGGCCAUCUGUGUAACAUGAACGUCACUGUGCAAGCCCCAGGGAAAGGUACAGUAGUCCAGAGUAAGUCCCUGAGCAAAGAGGAGCAUGAGUGCGUGUGCGAGGGUGGUUCAUGUGGAACACAGGAUCGCUGCUUGGGCUACCAGUGUUUCUCAUCUCUGACAGUCAGCGGCGGCAUUAUAAUGUCCCAAAAAGGCUGCUUUAAGGUCUUAGAACAGAGCACGAUGACCUGCAAGACCCCGCCUUCCACAGACCAGAUAGUCGACUGCUGCCAGGGACACCUGUGUAAUAUGAACAUAACUGUGGAGCUCCCUGUCAAAGCUGAUGAGCAAUCCAGCUACAGUGUGACCACACUAGCUGUUGUCAUCGUGGCACCCAUCAUUGUCCUCAUCAUCCUCUCUGCUGUCGCGAUCCUGGUGUUCAGACGGAUCCACCACAACCAAAUGGAGAGGCUAACCUCCCGAGAUGCUGAAUAUGGAACUAUUGAUGGCCUUAUAGCUUCUAAUGUGGGCGAGAGCACUCUAGCGGAUUUGCUAGAUCAUUCCUGCACUUCAGGAAGUGGCUCAGGACUCCCUUUCCUUGUUCAGAGAACUGUUGCACGACAAAUCACACUAAAUGAGUGUGUGGGCAAGGGCCGUUAUGGUGAAGUGUGGAGGGGCCAGUGGCAGGGAGAGAAUGUCGCAGUUAAAAUUUUCUCCUCUCGAGAUGAAAAGUCUUGGUUCAGAGAGACUGAAAUCUACAACACUGUGCUGCUGAGACAUGAAAACAUCUUGGGCUUCAUCGGUUCAGACAUGACCUCAAGGAACUCCAGCACCCAGCUGUGGCUCAUCACUCACUUUCACGAGAUGGGCUCCUUGUACGAUUACCUUCAGCUCAACACCCUCGACGCAACCAGCUGCCUCCGGAUGGCGCUCUCCAUUGCGAGCGGUCUGGCGCAUUUACAUGUCGAGAUCUUUGGCACUCAUGGCAAGCCAGCUAUUGCCCACCGAGACCUGAAGAGCAAAAACAUAUUGGUGAAAAAGAACGGACAGUGCAGCAUUGCUGAUCUCGGUCUGGCUGUCAUGCAUUUUCAAGACACAAACGAGUUAGACGUGGGGAACAACCCUAAAGUUGGAACAAAGCGCUACAUGGCCCCUGAAGUACUCGAUGACUCCAUCCAGAUGGAUUGCUUUGAGUCCUACAAGAGAGUGGACAUUUGGGCCCUGGGCCUCGUCCUGUGGGAGAUCGCCAGGAGGACAGUCAGUAAUGGAAUUGUAGAAGAUUACAAGCCCCCUUUUCAUGACGUGGUCCCAAAUGAUCCGAGCUUUGAAGAUAUGAGGAAGGUUGUGUGUGUGGAUCAGCAGAGACCCAACAUCCCAAACAGAUGGUUUUCAGACCCAACUUUAACCUCCAUGGCUAAACUCAUGAAGGAAUGCUGGUACCAGAAUCCGUCAGCCAGAUUAACGGCGCUGCGCAUCAAAAAGACUCUCACAAAGAUCGACAACUCUCUGGAUAAAAUAAAAACAGACAUUUGAGCCUUCCCCGAGAAGACGAAGCAGGCAUGUACUGAGGGCCACUGAAGAUGUCCGGAGGAUGGACCACCUUAGAGAAAAAUCUCAAAAGAUAAAUGACUCAAUAAUUUCAGUGCCCUUAUAGUGGCACAGACUUAUAUUUAUUUUUAAAACAUUUGAGGGACAUAUUUUGGCAUCCAAAGAUGGCUUACCAGGCAUUUCUGAGACUGCCGAUGGUCUUAGAAAUGGGAAAAUAUCUAUUUCAACUUUUAUCAUAGGAGCUCGACUAUUAGAAAUGUUCUUCAAGGAAGAAACGUACCAGGGCAUUUGAGUAGGGUUGCUUGUUUUUAGAAGAGCAGAUUUUGUUUGAAAAAAUUUUUUAGCUUGGAAAAUGUCUGAACGCGGUCAUUUCUUUAUCUCUUUAAUUGUACUGCGUUGUUCUUUUGCAUUGCGGUCGAUCCAUUUGGAAAAGAUGUCAACUCGCCGGUUGAACUUGCCUAGUCAGUCAGCAAACUUUGUAACACAGUGAACAUGUCGAGGUGUGUUAUGUCUCACUUUGUGUCCAGUACCACCGUUUACAGUGCUGUCAGAACAAGUUUCUUGGGAUUUUGCUCAGUUCUGUAACAUUUAGUUGUACAGUCAAGUCAGUGGCACCAUCCUUUUCCUGAUAUCGUCCAACUACAAGGUACUCUGUUGCAAACCUUCUGUAUAUCAUCAUUAACUUUACAUUGAAUUAUUUUUAUCUUGUUUUGCUUCUUCAGCUUUACAGAGACAUAUGCUAAAAGAACAAAUACAAUAUCUGCUAGAUGAUGCUGAACUGUAUUCCUCCAGAGGCCUGUAAGUAAGCCUGUAAAGCCUGUAUAUUGUCUUAACGCGUGCAUUGUCGUCUUAAUGCGUGCAUUGUCAAAGUAACUGAAGUCAAACUUCAGCGUUUUUUAAUUUCUUUAACAUUUUAUAUCAAUUAGUUAUUUCUAUUAAUUAAAAUGGGGAAAAAAAGAAGUAAAUUA